GUUUGAUAUAGUUUUAUAUUUUUUGUAUUUUUUAUAAUAUUUUAUAAACAUUUUUAUAUUUUUUUUACAAUUUUUUAUACAUUUCACUUUUAUAAAAAUUUGGCAAAAUGGAUCUUGAAAUGGACUUUGCUGACGAAUACGAAAAUACCGAGUCAGAUUUUGUGCCAAAACAUACCGAUGAACCGCAACAAGAAGUAAAGCACCAAAGUUCUCACACCUCAAAUCGGUCCGGCAAACGUGAAAGACAAUCGUUCCACAGCUCAAAGAAUACGAGUGAUGUGUUUCAAGGUACCGGAUUGGCCAUCGGUGGCAGUGUUGAGACAUUCAACGAUGAGGAGUACGAAGGUGAAGACGAAUUGAACAUUGAAGGAACGGUGGCGCAGUUAGAAAACACACUGCGACUGAGUUUUCUGGAUAAAUUUGCCGAUUUGCCGAAUAUAGAUGACAUUUCAUCCGAAUCGGUGGAAACUAUUAUCGAACAACAAGUGGAAGAGAAAACGAUUGAUAUAGCAUUAACUGGUAAAUUUGUGGAUCCGCUAACCGGUUUAGAUUUAAUAGAAUCAGAUAAAGAGGAUGAUGAAUUUGACUUUGUCGAAAUCGAGGAGUCUUAUGAAGAGCCGUCGUACGAAGGUUACGAACCAUUUGAUAUUACCGAAGAUAGCGAAUUACUACUACUGCAGGCACAAGCAAUUUCCCAAGAAACCGAAGAAGUCGAUAAUGCACUACUUGAUAUGGAUUAUAUAAAGAAAAUUAUGCAAGCAGUAGACGUGCAAGACAUCGAACAAAUAUUAGCAGAUGAUACACAUCUGCAAAAUGAAGAAAUCGUAGCUGGAUUCAUUGAAGAUCUAUUUCGACAAAUAGUCAAUGUAGCCCAUUAUAAGGAUCCCAAGGAUAUAUUGCGCAAAUCCGUAGACAAGCGGAGAAUAAUGGAUGAAAUUCAUGGAAAAGUGCGUACACUCGAAUCGGAACAGAUCCUGCGACUUUAUCUCAAUCGAAAAGUAGUUGAGCAUUUUAAGCGUAAACAUAUGUAUCGCCUCAUAACAGAGGAUACCGCAGAAGAUGUGGAAUUCUUAAUGGCAAAAUAUCAAUCGCUUCUACAGAAAUACAACGAAAUAUUGGGCAAAGAAGAGGAAAUUGAAAGAGUGACCAAAACCAAAAUCGACAAAUUGCAUGUGAAGUUGGAGGAAAAGCAGUUUCAAGUGGAAGAGAAAGUUAGCGAAUUUGAGGCGCUGGCUUAUCGCAUAAUCUUACCACAGCGAAGGGAUAUGUAUGGGGGAGAGCUGAAUUUGAAACUCUUCGAGAGCACCGACAAUGUGGAACGUUCCAAAUUUAUAACGGUAUUUUUGAAGAAAAUGGCACUGACACGCAAAGAAUUAUCUGAAGCUCGGCUGAUCUUAAUCAAAAAGCAACACAUAUUCGCUGAUCUGCAAGAACGUCUUAAUCAAAUACAAAACAUCGGCGACGGCUUGAAGUUAUUUCAAUUUGAAAAUCUGCAAAACGAUGUCAUACAACUGUCCAAGAAAACUGAUGAACGCGACACGGAGCUGGCUAAGGCGCGCACACGCCAACAACUCGAUGUCCACAUUAGUACACAUCUCAAGGAGAGCAUACAAAUGCUGCGCAAUAAAUUGGCCAUACAAAAGAUGACCUACAGAGAACUACUAAGACAAUCGCAAAAUGCACGCCGCAAUUUGUAUAAACAGAAGCAGAUACGCACUCAGAUUCGUAAAGAAAUAAAGGAGUACACCUUUCAAGGUGGCAUACUGUCAAAACCCACAUUGAUGCUGGAUUAUGAUGCGACUGUGGAGUUGAUAGAUGAAAAGCAGGAAAGCGUUGCAGGCUUACGUAGUCAAUAUAAUAAAAUAAUCGAUAAAAUUGGGUAUUAUGAACAAAUGCUAAAGACAAGAUCCUCAAAUUGAUAUGUCUUAGAAAAGUGAAA